UCCCCUCCACACCAGAGCGAGGUCAUGUGACCGCUCUGACGUCAAGCCAAAGAGGCAGGCAGGCAGAGGAACGAAUUAGUUUGUGGGCUUUUAACAAACCUCCUGCUCAGACUAGGAGUCUCUGAGAGUCUGUCAGUCACCGUUAGCUCAGUCUCAGUUCGUCUUCUCCUUCCCCCCUUCCGCUGUUCUCCCCCCCCUCUCACUCGCUCUCAUCUUUCUCUCUGGUGCUCUUCUUUAUUCUCGCCUGUUGCUCCUUCUGUUGCUGCUGCUGCUGCUGCUGCUUCCACAAACUUAGUCUAGAGAGAAAGUGCUGGGUGAUGGACUGCUGAACGGCUUGUACAUUGCUACAAAGUGAGCUGUGAGCCAAGUGAUUGACAGCACCGACAGACAUGGGGAAGCAGAACAGCAAGCUCCGUCCUGAAGUGAUGCAGGACCUCCUGGAGAGCACUGACUUCACCGAGCAUGAAAUCCAGGAGUGGUACAAGGGAUUCCUGAGGGACUGCCCCAGCGGGAACCUGUCCAUGGAGGAGUUUAAGAAGAUCUACGGUAACUUCUUCCCCUACGGAGAUGCUUCUAAGUUCGCUGAGCAUGUCUUUCGCACAUUUGAUGCUAACGGAGAUGGGACAAUAGACUUCCGGGAGUUUAUCAUUGCACUAAGUGUGACGUCACGUGGCAAGCUGGAGCAGAAGCUGAAAUGGGCUUUCAGUAUGUACGACCUGGACGGAAAUGGGUAUAUCAGCAAAGCUGAGAUGCUGGAGAUUGUUCAGGCGAUCUAUAAGAUGGUGUCCUCUGUGAUGAAGAUGCCUGAGGACGAGUCGACACCUGAGAAGAGGACGGAGAAGAUCUUCAGGCAGAUGGACACCAACAGAGACGGUAAGCUGUCUCUGGAGGAGUUCAUCAAAGGAGCCAAGAGCGACCCCUCCAUUGUCCGCCUGUUGCAGUGCGACCCCAGCAGUGCUGGACAGUUCUAAACCGGAGGCGUCAACACAAACCUUGCUUCUUUGGGUGAUUCGAAAUGCCCUUAACUCUCCACUAAGGAGCAGACUGAUGAUGAAGAAUGACAAGCUGAUGAUGAUGAAGACGACAGGCUUUCAAUAUGCACUAAGGACUUCUAAGAUGGGCACGGGAACCACAUUCUCCAGUUUACCCCCCCUCCAAACAAAGACUGAACCUGAACCCACUGAUUGUAGUUGACCAGGAUCCUUCAGAUCUCCUAUAAGCAUGUAUAAAGAAGGUCUGCAGUAGGUUGUAUAUAUACAGUAUAAACUGGAGUCUCUGUAUCAGUGUCUUUCCUGGGCUCUCUUUGCCCUUCGAGGCUCCAGCUGGGGCGACACAGAGCCUCUGUCACUCUAAUGUGUAUCAUAGACAGAGUGUGUGCAUGAGACAACAACAACAACAACAGAGAGGGAGAGAGAGAGGUGUUGAAUAACAGGACAUACUGUAGGUGAGAUUAUUUAAUCUGCAGAGUGGACAUGAAGUUUGGCCUUCACUCAGAACAAGUACUGCUUUUAGUUUCCUCUUUUCUACUGUGAGAAUGUGUACGUGUGUUUGUGUAUUUUGCAAACUUGAUAGAAUUUGUUUCAUAUUCUGUGCUGGGACAAAAUUACAUUAACAUGUAAUAUUAUGCUACUAUGCAUACGCGCCCUAAUCAGUAGUUGGAUUAUUUGGUGUAAAGCCUCACUGAUGUAAUGGAGGAUGAAACACAUCCCAUCAUGUGUUUCAGUGGCUUUUCAUAUCAGUCAGAAUUCCACAGAGGACCUUUGGAGCAGCAAUGUGUCGCUGCGCUCUAGCUUAAGAAAUAGAAAGUAUUUGAGUACAGUGUAGAUAUAUUAAAGCGCACCUAAAUUUCUAGAUCCAAUUCUUAUAGUCCACAUUGCUCAGUUCAUAACGAAUGUUGUGGAAUCAUUUUAAGAAAUGUUUGUUUAUUUUAGCAGAUAUCAAGUAUGCAUACCAGUUCCUUUUCCCACGUGAAGAGCACAGACACUUCUUCACGUUCACUUCUAGAUGUUUUUAAAUGCAGCAUGUUGAAUCAGUCGUUGGGUAUGGGGUGGGGGGGCGUAGACUAAAUAACACAUAUGCAUGUGACUUAAGCGCAUGUGUGUGUUUUUACGUAUGUUUAUGGACAGCAGUGGCUAAACGGCCGGUUGUCCGUCAGGCUCUGUGCUCGCUUCUGUAUGUUAGUAUCGUCAUCGUUAGUGCUACCAGUAGUCAGUGUUAUUGACAGCGUAUGGACUGCCAAAGCUGACACAUGUAAUGGUUCAUAUGAAUAACUCGAUGGAGGGAAACAAAGAGGAGCUUUAGGAAGGGCACCGUGACAAUAAUCAUGAAGACCCAUGUUUAAUGGGGAUGCUGGGUAGUCAGAGCUGAGAGCUCAAUAAGGAAAUCACCAUCUGAUUAUAUUCAUAACAGGGCCAGACACAGCCAGGAUUCUUUAGUAUUAUGUAAAAUUAAUUACAUAUUAUUGGUCCCACUAAAUUCAACUUUUUCUAGCAACCACUUUGCUGUUGAAGGAAAGAGAAAUAAGCUCUCCCUGAGCACCAGUAUAACCCCCCCACACACGCCGCACACACACAACCCCUCUACUGUAACUGAGCCCUCCCCAGGGCAGCGCCAGGCCGUUUCAGUUAUUGCAUUGUUUUCCAAUUAGAAAAGCUUUGAAUGUUUAACUAAAUAACUGCUGUUUUUUUGUGACGAAAAAAGAAAAAGAUGCAGCCAAACAAACCGAGAAUCACAACUACUGCAAUGAUACUGUCACAAUGUGUUUGCUUUUAUUGUAUUUUUAUGAUUAUUAUUUUUUCCUUUAAAAAAAAAAAAAAAAAAAAAAAAAA